AUGCCAGAGAUAAUUACUCUUUACACCGCUAAGAUUUGCCCUUGGGCUCAUCGUACCGAACUAGCGCUUAAGGAAUCCAAGCUUCCGUACAAACGUUUCGAGAUAGACUUGCAAAACAAGCCGGAAUGGUAUGCCCCUAAAGUUAACCCUGCAAGCAAAGUACCAGCCAUUGCCUAUGGAGGACCCGACGUCUCUCCGGAUACCCCUUCUCCGGACUCUGAAAAGCUCGCCGAGUCUGGGGUACUGAUCGAAUUCAUUGCUGAGCUCUCUCCAGUGCCUCUUCUCCCACAGGACCCAGUCAAACGCGCCAAGGCUCGCUUCUUCAUCGAAACCGUCACCUCGAAGUUCACCGGCGCCUUUGCUGGCGCUCUCCACCGUGGCGAGGAUCCCAGCCCUCUCCUUGACGCGAUCGAAGUUACGCAGAACCUCCUUCCACCUGAAGGCUUUGCUGUCGGUGAAUGGACUAUCGCCGAUGCUGCAGUGACACCGUUCUUUGCACGAGCAGAAGUUGCCCUCAAGAACGAUGUCGGGAAAUAUGCAGAAGGCCAAGGCAAGGCGGUUUGGACGAAACUGGAGUCGGACCCGAAGUUUGCUCGUUUCAGAAAGUAUCUUGCAGACGUCAAGAGCAGAGCCAGCUUCAAGGAGACAUUCGAUGAGGCGAGUAAAGCAGAUUUGAUUGACUGGCCAAUAUAUUUGGAACUAACCGAUUCCUCAGGCGCGUCCAGCUGGCAGUUCUCUAUGCCCAAGACCCUGGUUGUGGACGAUAAUGUGUUGCCGAACUUCAAGUACAGUGGAAAUUGGGAGUACCUAAGUGGCUCGACAAGGCAAUGGGAGGGUGGUAUCCAUUCCACCUUCCAGAAUGGCGCCACGGUCUCAUUCAGGUUCAGAGGCUCUGGGUUCAGGGUCCAGGGUACCAUCCCAGGCGGCAGCGGCAACGUGUUGUACGAAAUCAUAACGGACGGAGUGUCUUCUGGGAUCCUCACACAAGCAGGGAGCUCCGCAAAUGUCUACGACGCCCAGUUCUACGCUGUCUCGGCUCCUGGACUGCGCGAUUUUGUGCACACUGUUGUUAUUGCGAAUAGAGGAAGUCAAUCAAACCUCGAUCUUCGGUUUGACCGCGUCGUUCUGGAGUCCCUUGAUGCCGACCCGACUAUGACAAGCCCACCGCCGGACCCUACUCCAAUUACAACUUCAACUUCGACUACGACGCCGUCACCCCCCAGGUCCACUACUUCAACCACAACCACUAGUUCGACGACGUCGACGACCAGCUCUACAUCAUCUUCCCGGACAACCGCCUUGAAUCUUGUUGGGUCUUCAACGACGUCUUCCUCCUCCUCCUCCUCCUCUCCGUCUGAAUCGACUUCUCUGGUGACAACGACCGACAAAGAUGGAAAAAUCGUGACGACCCAAUUAAUCGUAACGGGGGGACCAAGCUCAGUUACUCCAACUGGCAGUGUCGAACCAACAACUUCUGCUACGAGCGCAACGGGUAGUAGGGGAGUUCCAUUGGCUGCUUUGAUUGGUGGGAUUUUGGGAGCGCUGGUCGUUGUGAUUCUGGUCUUCUUGCUCUUCAGACAGUGUCGGAGACGAAGAUACCUCCGCCAACAUUCCCAAUUGAAGGACGAUCCCGCAGAGAAGCGGGGCGGAGUGUUGCCCACCCCGUACGACCUUGGACCUCAUCCUGGCCCCUCUUUCGGCCAGACACAAGACAGAGGACAAAACCCAUUCGCCGAGAAGACUGCUCUCCAGGCAAGGGUGAACGAGCCAGAGUCUGGAACACUCGGUCAGUCGUCCUCCAGUGGGCAGGGAGCGUCCUCCCACCACCAUCACCAUCAUAAAGGUGCCUCUACUUCCACAAACCCCACCACCACCCAUACGUGCCCGUGCUCCAACUCUGCGUACACAUCAGCCGCGCAGACGUCCUCAGCCGCUGUGCUCUCCCAUCGCCAUUCUACCUCGAUCCACGCCAGCUCCGACGGCCAUGGACCACGGACUGGCCAGAAACCGUCACAAUCCGACCAAUACCUCUCGGGUGCCACGGUCGUUGCAGGCGGUUCCUCCGGCAUGACGUCGAUGUACGGAGAGACGGUGCGAACGAGUCUAUAUGACUGUCCUCCUGCGUACCAGGCCGCGUCGACUUCGGAAGGGAGCAGGAUACCAUCGAGGAUGGGCCAUGCCCCUUCUCACUCGAUUAGCAAGCUGCCUAGCGCCCCUGAAGCGAACUCUUCAUGA